GAGAGAGAGAGAGGAUCGCUGCCGCAUCUGCUGCAAGCACUGCCCCGGCCAGCAUCCUCCUCCUCCUCCUCCUCCUCCCUUGCCUGGGCUCCGGGGAUGUGCCUCCUCCUCCUCUCCACUUCCCAGACUCAUCUCUCUCUCUCUCUCUCUCUCUCUCCUGUUCCCUCUCCCCGUCUGAUCACGUGACCAGCCCGGCAAGUUAGGAGGGAGGGAAGGAGGGGCGCGGGGAGAGAGAGAGAGAGAGAGCCAGCAAGCCAGCCGAGCGGGGUCGACCCCGCAGCAACAAUAAGGCGGGACAAGACCCUCUCCGGGGAGAGCGGCGCGGCAGGAAAGCCUUCCCCGCUCCUCGUUCCCCGCGCGGCCCCCGGAGGGGCUGGACGGCUCCCCUUGGCCCGGGGGAUGAAGAGGAGGCGGAGGAGGAGGAGGAGGAAGAGCGGGGCGGCCCGGUCGGGGCUGUAGGGGAGGCCCGAGAGGGAGCCGCGGGAAGAAGAAGAAGCAGCAGCAGGAGCAGCAGCAGAGAUGGCCAACGAGUCGCUCCAGAGUGAUCCAGGGAACUGGUCAGUGCUGGAGCAGUUGGGUUUGGACCAGAGCUCAGAUUUCUCAGACAUCAGUGUACAGCAGAAGUUGGAUGAAGAAAAGGAUAAAAUCAAGCGUGAGAUCCGCAAAGAACUGAAGAUAAAGGAGGGAGCAGAGAACUUGCGCAAAGCUACCACGGACCGUAAGAACCUCUCCAAUGUGGAGAAUUUGCUCAAGAGCUCCAACCGCAAGCUGGAAACACUGCAUCACCAACUGCAGGAUCUCAACGCACAUAUUGUUGUCAAAGACCCUGAAGAGCUAGCGGAUCCUCCACAGUCACCAGGCAGCCUGAGCCGGACAACAGCUACCCAAAACCGCAUAGCUGGUCUGGAAAAGCAGCUAAAUAUUGAGGUGAAGGUGAAGCAGGGAGCUGAGAACAUGAUCCAGAUGUAUGCUAAUGGCACUGCCAAGGAUCGGAAGCUGCUACAGACGGCCCAGCAGAUGCUACAGGACAGCAAGACCAAAAUCAAUAUAAUCCGCAUGCAGAUCCGCAAAGCUAUGCAGGCUGACGAGGUGCAGCUGAAUAUGGAGGAUGGACAAGGCAAUGCUGAUCUAAGUGCCAUAGAGCUGAGGAUUGAGGAGCUGCGCCAUCACUUCCGAGUGGAGCAUGCAGUCUCUGAGGGCGCCAAGAAUGUACUGCGCCUUCUGGGCUCCAGCAAAGUUCAGGACCGCCAUGCCAUCUCUGAGGCACAGACGAAACUCAAUGAAUCGAGCCAGAAGUUGGAUCUUUUGAGACAUUCGUUAGAACAGCGUCUGUCUGAGUUGCCCCAGGAUCACCCCAAGGGCUGUAUCAUCAAGGAGGAGCUCAUCCUGGAGUCUUCGCCUACCUUCAGUGUACGCAAUAAUGCUUCUUACCAACAUAACCAGUACAAUACCCUCUCCAAGCCAUCGCCACUCACAGGGACACUGGAAGUGCAACUGUUAGGCUGCAGUGGUCUCUUGGAGUUCGUCCCAGGACGUACCCGUGGCUCUACUGUGUCCCUGCCUUGCAACAGUGCUUUUAUGAGCCGCAGCGGACGAGGAUUGUACAGCCGGAGUGGUAGUGUGAGUGGCAGAACUACCAUCAAAUCUGAAGAUAUCAGCAAUGAGGUGAGUGCUGUCCUGAAGCUGGAUAAUGGAGUUGUAGGCCAGACAGCAUGGAAACCCAUUGGCUUGCAGGCAUGGAACCAAACUUUCACUGUGGAGCUGGAGAGGGCAAGAGAGCUGGAGAUUGGUGUAUACUGGCGUGAUUACCGAAGUCUCUGUGCCCUGAAAUACCUUAAACUGGAGGAUUUCCUUGACAACCAACGCCAUGAAAUCCACCUGGAGUUGGAGCCACAGGGUACUCUCUUGGCAGAGGUUACUUUUUUUAACCCUGUCAUUGAGCGCAUACCCAAGCUUCAGCGACAGAAAAAGAUCUUCUCUAAGCAACAAGGCAAGGCUUUCCUGCGUGCCCGCCAGAUGAACAUUGAUAUAGCCACAUGGGUGCGACUCCUGCGGCGCAUUAUCCCCACCGCCAGCACCACAGGGACUUAUAGCCCCUCGACACAGAUGAACCCGGCAGCUAGCUCAGAAAGAAGACACAGCCUCAAUUCUGGGGACGUUGCCAUUGAGAAGCUGAACUUAGAAGGUGACAGAGUUGAACAGAUGGGCCAGGAUGACAGUGAACUGCCUGGGAAGGUCUUGUUGGGCCUACAAACUGGAGAGGAGAUCCCCUUCCAAUUGGAGCUGGGCCCAGGAUGUGAGGCCAAAGGAUCUGAGGGUAUUUUUCCCAGCCACCUGAGAAAAACACCUCUCACUAUAGAUGAUUUCCGUUUUGUAGCUGUGCUGGGCCGUGGACACUUUGGCAAGGUGCUAUUAUCUGAGUUACAUCGAACAGGGAAUCUAUUUGCUAUUAAAGCCUUGAAGAAGGGAGACAUCAUUGCAAGGGAUGAGGUGGAGAGCCUGAUGUGUGAGAAACGGAUCUUCGAAAUUGUGACCCAUGCAAAGCACCCCUUCCUAGUGAACCUUUUUGCCUGUUUCCAGACACCACAGCAUGUCUGUUUUGUUAUGGAGUACACAGCAGGUGGAGACCUCAUGAUGCACAUCCACACAGAUGUUUUCACAGAGCCACGUGCCACAUUUUAUGCUGCUUGUGUUGUCCUCGGGUUGCAAUUUCUUCAUGACCACAAAAUUGUAUACAGGGACCUAAAGCUGGAUAAUUUACUGCUGGAUACAGAGGGAUAUGUGAAGAUCGCAGACUUUGGCCUCUGCAAGGAAGGGAUGGGCUAUGCUGACCGCACAAGCACAUUCUGUGGCACACCAGAGUUUCUGGCUCCUGAGGUGCUGACAGAUACAUCAUACACAAGAGCUGUUGACUGGUGGGGCUUGGGUGUCCUUAUCUAUGAGAUGCUUGUGGGGGAGUCCCCUUUCCCUGGAGAUGAUGAAGAGGAAGUAUUUGACAGCAUUGUCAAUGAUGAGGUGCGCUAUCCUCGCUUCCUUUCCACGGAGGCCAUUGGUAUCAUGAGACGGCUGUUGCGGCGGAACCCAGAACGGCGGCUGGGCUCCAGUGAGCGUGAUGCGGAAGAUGUAAAGAAGCAGCCAUUCUUCAGGAGCAUCGAGUGGGAAGCUCUGUUGGCCCGUAAAAUCAAGCCGCCAUUUGUGCCAGUUAUUAAAGGCCGUGAAGACAUCAGCAAUUUUGAUGAAGAGUUCACCGCUGAAGCAGCCUUGCUGACACCUCCCCGUGAAUCACGGCCCCUCACCCAAAAGGAGCAGGAUUCCUUCAAAGACUUUGAUUAUGUUUCUAAUGCCUGCUAGCUCUGGGAGUGGGGGCAGUGAGAUCCCCCAAGACUGCCAGCCCUACAAGGCAGGCUCUGCUCCUCAGUGACUCUGACGCUUGCUAGCCCUGCCUAUAGCUCCAGGAGUGGAGCUGGGAAAGCCCAGCACACUGCCAACCUCACAGGGGACAGUAAUGUUCACCAACAUAUGCCAGCUCUGGGAUUAGACAGGGAAAGCCCUGGAAAUAUUUCUGCACCCUACAACAUGCAAUAUCUUUUAUGCAGGAAGCUGGACAUUUACUAGCUCUAAGGGAGGGGCAGAGAGAGAGAGAGUUUGCGGGCCAGCCCAGUAUGAUAGGCUCUAUGGAGUAAAAGACUUGAGCAGAAGAGUUUCCAUUACAGUACUUCUGUCUCUACCAAUUACCAGACUUUCUGCUGAAACAAAAGAAAAUAAUUUUUCAUUGUUAGGACGUUGUUGGUAUUGGCAUUGGAGCUAAUUGGUCUAAAUGCCCAUCUCUUCUUCUAACACACACACACACUUGUGACAGGUGUUUUGUUUCCUUUUGUUUAAAAGAACAGUGCUGCAACAAAAUGUCUUGUCUUUCUGUUGAAGCCCAUUGUUUCACAUUCUGAACCCAGAAAGGAAAACCUUAAUCAUUUUUCUGAAUCUCAGCCUUGCCUUUCUCUCAAAAGGUCCCAAAACAUAGUGAGAGUUUAGACUAGUGAUAGACAGAUUCCCCCCCCCAACUUGACUUGGGAAUCAGCACUAUAUUUAUGAGCUUUUCUGGCAAAUAUUUGUAAAAGGUUCACAUUUCUCUCCACUAUUACCAGAUUUUCUUCAGGCUUAUGAUGUCAGCAUAUGUGUCUUGCUAGUGCACAUAAAUGUGUACGAUUGCCUUUCUUGUGAAAUCUACAGUAUGCAAUAGGCCUUUGCUAUCUUCUGUAGUUUGGCUCCAGACCCACCCCGCUCCCCAUGGAUAACCAAAUCCGUGGUGUCGUACAGUGGCACCCCUUAUAUAAAAUGGAAAAAUCAAGGUUUGCUUUUUGGAUUGUGUAGUUGAAUAUGUUCAAGCCAUGGAUGCAGAAUCCAUGAAAAUGGAAAGUUAACUCUAAUUUCAUUUGUACCAUUAUUAAACCAACAUCACAAUCCAAAAGAGGGAGCUUCAUGGAAGAUGAACAAAACAUAAGUCAAACCAAUUUCUGAGGCAGGUUUUAGAUUGGGUUGGGGAAAACAACCACAUAAACAAUUGCAAGAAACAAUCAAGACAACAGACUAACUCAGGUAGCUGCUUGGUUGAAAGACCCUAGUCUCAAAGACUGUAUCACCCAAUGAAAUUGAGACAAAUAAGCAAUACACAUUUGAUAAUUUCCUUAUAUGGGCAGCAGCUGGGUGUCUGUGCUUGGACAGAAUAUAACAUUAUGAGGUAGAGAAGACCUAUUCAAAUCACAUUUCUUUGCUCUAUUACUGAUUUCUGUAAUACCACAAGUUCAGAUCUGUCAUUUAAAGAUUCCUGAUAGGGUCUUUGUUCUUUUUCCCAUCUGGACCUCUUACAAAAGAUGUAUUUCAAAUGUAGGGAGAAGAUAAUAUGUUGAAAUGCAAAGCUGUUCUACAUAGAUAGCUUCUAGUGCUCCCAAACUUGGCACAGCUGCUCUGUCAUGCAUUUCUUUAUAAACUUUCUUUGGUAGGAAUAAAGACAGAAGCAGCAAUGAAAACAAAUGGUAGAAUUAAUCAUGAAAGGUAGUGUCUGAAAACCACUAAAGCCUAAACACAAUUCUACAAACAAGAUGCUACAAUAAGUAAAAGCCUUGUCUGGAAGCACCCGCUUGAGCCCACAUUCAUCUUUUGAUUUAAAUUCUACCCAACCCCAGUUGUUGUCCUUGUCCUAUUUUGCCAAGUGAAAUGUUAGUCCUGUGAUUGAGCUCUGGCUAUUCAAGAGUUAGUUGUAAAAGAAGCAGUGUAGCUGUAAGAAAGCACUUGUGAGAAUUUUUUGGCAGACAACACGUGUCCCAGAAAAGUUAUCACUGGAGUGCAAACAGUUAGUAGAAGCACUGUCUGCUCAGAUAAAUGGUCCUUCUUGAUGUCCCCAUUAAAAUCCAUCUGCAUCCUUGGCACUAAUCCUGCCAAAUUAGUUGUCUUCAUACACUGCCUCUUAGGAGGAAUUCUGUUGCACAUACCAUUUCUUCCUUUCUUAUACAUUUGUGCCCAAUAUUCAUGAGUAGAUUAUAUGUGAGUAGAGCGCAGUUAAGCAGAGGCAGCCAAUACCACUGUACUGUAUAUUACCUUUAGAAAUAGGUAGCCUGUGCCUGAUACUAUAAGCUACUACAAGUGCUGUUGUUUAUAUCACACUACUGCCAUGCUGUCUUUUAAAAUGAGACCAGAUCAUCAAGAAUAGCUACCAGUUCUUUACUCUGAUACGACUAAGCGUACAUGGAAAAAUAGGUAAGGUUCAUCCUUUUGCAACUUAGGUAACCUUGAUUGUCAGUGUGAAGGGGAUAAGAUCAUGCACACAGAUUAGGUUAGUCUUUGAGUAUCCAACCUUACAAAGCAGAACUUAUUGGCAUUUGAUUAAGAUGCCAUACCCUCUGCCAUUACUAUAUUAAGGGGCAAGCCCUCCUUGCUCAUGCAAAACAAGGCACUUCCUUAAUAUGCUUGCAUCCUCCAGCUUAUUCUCAGGUUCCUCUUAGUGAUCACUCCCCCUUUUUUCAACCCGAACCCAUUCUCCCAGCAGCUAUCAAGCAUCUGACUGAAGAACAAGAUGGGAAAGUUCCAGUCCACAAUGGUAGAAAGGAAGUCCAGACUUACCUGAGAGAAAUCUGUAUAACCCCUGGACUUGGAAAAAAAUAGGGCCAGCGAUUUACUUGUUUUAUAGUUCUGCAUUGGGAGGGAAAUGUCCCUCCACUUUAGACUCUGCUGCCAAGAAUGCCGAAAAAUCUGAGUUCUUCAGAGGAAUUUAGUAUAUGUGGUGCUUUGAGCAGCUUGGGGAUUUUUCAUUCUGCCUCAUUCAUUGUAUAACUUUGUAUAACUUUGUACUGGCGCUGUCCUUUCCUUUUCACACUGCUCCAAGAACUGACCUUAUCCUCAUUUUACACUGUAGUGUAACCAGGGCUUCUGGUGAUGAUCCUAAAUUAUAGGAUGGAGAGCUUGCUGCAGCUAAGAUUGUGAAGGGCUUGUAUUCAAAUCCUCACCUUGAACUCCUGAAAGAGAAGCUGUUGCAAGAUGCACUGUUAACUUUCUCUGUGCCUCUUUCUCUGCAUUAUUGCCUCUUACCUCUUUCCUAGGUCAUGUUCAUGUUCGGUAUCUGUAUGGAUAUUAUGCUAGGAGACAUUAUCAUGCUAAGGACUUGAAGCUUUGUCUUGAGUUUCCUUUAUUAUGUAACUACCUCUGUUGCCUGACCAGAACCACACUGUGGCCACAAAAAUGCUGCCUGGAUUCAACAUGUAUCUGCUAUAAAGCCUCUGUUCUAAACUGUAGACAUGUCAGUCCACAUCUACUCAGUCUCACAAAGGCUUAUUGGAGGAUGUGUGAUGAAAAAUGCAGUAAGUGAGCAAUGUCAUUUGUUGAAGUGAGAAAAAAACCUUCUGGAUAUUGAUCCCAACCCUCUCUGGAUUACAUUCAAGAACAGUAGGGUUGUCAUUUUAGGUAGAAGAAAGGUAGAAGAAAAGAAACUAGCAUAGACCUUCAUUAAAAUGCAAAUUUUAUCUAGAUGCAGAGUAUAAUUGCCAGCAUUCCCAGAAUUUCAAAGUAUAAAUUGAACAUGUUUCGUACCACUGAGCCCAAGUGCAUGAGCUACUAUAGAAAACAGGGAGGAAAUGUGUUUUAGGAUUACAGAAGCAAGCUUACAAUUUUGUACUAGACUUGAAUUCCACAUCUGACUCUGUUUUAGUUUUUUAAUCACAUUUCUAAUUCUUGAGAUUGCAGCUGUUGUCUUGCAUUUGAGCUAAUGAAACUCUCAAAAUCCAAAAAUGGAUCUAAAUCUUUCUAGCAUUUUUCAGUCACCUAUGUAGGUUUCCUUGCCCAGUCGAAUAUGUGCAAAUUACCUACUUUCUGUAUGUUAUAGAGCACACAGAAUUCAUUUUAUCUUGGUUUUUAAACUUGAUUUUAAUACAUUGUGUGCAGCACCUUUAGUCUGGCCGAGAAUACACUAGAAACGUCCUGUUCUUUUCCCCUCAUGGUGUGGGGAAUUCAACAAAGCAUACAGAAAAUGAGCUGAAUUCUUCUUGUAAACUUCCUUUGUUCUGGGCUCCAUAUUCAUUUCAGUAUGUCACUUUAAGGAAAAGACUAGUGAAUGCAUUUUGACAUUCAAUCUUAUAUUUUACAUCCAGUAUUCUCAAACUUAUUUUGCAAAAGGAAUGGAUUCUUCAUGAGAAAAUUCCCUAUUAGGCCUUAAGCCUAUAAGACCACUUAAAAGGCCAUAGGGCAGUGGUUCUCAACCUGUGGGUCCCCAGAUGUUUUGGCCUUCAACUUCCAGAAAUCCUAACAGCUGGUAAACUGGCUGGGAUUCCUGGGAGAUGUUGGCUAAAACACUUGGGGACCUACAGAUUGAGCAUUAUUGCCAUAGGUUUUAGAUAGAUACCUAUGGCAGUGGUUCUCAACCUGUGGGUUCCCAGGUGUUUUGGCCUACAAUUCCCAGAAAGAAGAAUCUGUAUAACCCAUUGCCUCAGAAAGAUGUAAUGAACUUAACAUUACAGCAUUUUGCUCAGGAAAAAUGUGGAAUUUGGUGUUCAUCGUACCUUCUUUUCUUGGGCAUUUGUUCAUAAUAAACAAGAUUGGACCAAAUUAAGUAGUAACUACAGCAGAUGAUCACAUGAUGCUAGGCUUGAGACCUAGAUAUGUUUGGUUGCUUCAUUCUACUGGCAAGAAUUUCCUCUCAUGUGAAAAACUAUCUUUACAGAAUUGGAGACAAUAGACUAAAUCAUAAACUCCUAAAAUCAGCCCACCUCUGAAAUUUCAUUGAUUUGCUUGCUGCUUCUAAUGGUGAGACUAAUUUUCCAUAAUGCGUCUUGCAUGUAUGAACUGGUAAGGCAUAAUUUCUUUGUAUAUUAGCUUCUAAGUUGGAUUCAGUCUGACAAUCACAUUUCAAAUUGUUCAUUCCAUUCCAGAAACUACUCACUAGUAUAGCAUAUGGCUGUAGAGUAUGAUGUAGGAAACUUUGGAGUAAAGGUACAGUAAUUACUCAGCUAAAACAAAUAGCAGAGAUAGCAAUUUCCUGUAUUAAGAAGAUAGUAUAACCCAACUUAUCUGCCUCAGGUAAAACACCUUUCCAGUGCUGUACUUUUGUGUGUGAUGUUGAUCUUGCCAUUUAAACAAGUUUUCAGAUGAAUUUCACAUCCAUCCUUUCUAUCUCUUGCUGAAUGAUGCUGUUUUCAAUACGGCUAGAUGGCAGAAAUUGUUAGUUUAUUUUUCUUCUAUCAAUGUAGCAAUUGAUGCUUAAAUUGGAAGUUCCAGGUUGGUCUUUUUCCACGUUAGACUUAAUUUAUUAACACCUCCUCCUAUGAUGCCUGUGUACUGCAUGGCACACAGUAGAAUGUUGCAAUUGCUGCUAUCAAUAACAAAAUGUGUGCAUAA